AUGUUGGUGAACAACGUGUUGAGGUCAAGGGUGGACCAAAAACACAACAACAAGUUACUCGUUACAUGGAUAGGCUCGAACCAGGUUAUUGAUACAGACGAACACUCCUUUUGUGUACAGCACUUAUUGACUGGAGUGAAAGCAGACGUGCACGCCUCACGCCUCAAGGUCUACGCAGAUGCGUCUGUUGGAGUAACAGAGGAGAUCCGAGAGCACGUGGCUGCUCAAGGAAUCGUCCUUACGGUUGCGGAACUCAAAGAGCAUCGGUGGAACUCGGCGAAGAAGUGUCACGAGAUACUGGUAGGGUGGAAAGGUCUGGAGCCAAUUGAGGACUCGUGGGAGUCGCUCAGUUCAUUGUACAAGGAUAUACCAGUGAUGGUGAAGCAGUACAUAGCUGCAUCAAGUGAUGUUGAGCUUACUGUAACAUUGGAGCAACUUUAG